AAAAAUGGCACCAAAGGAAAGCGAGAAGAAAAUCAUGCAGGAGAAAAUCGCCAAAGUUCGUGAAGUCGUUGAUAGUGUAACCAAUAAUGACAUCAUUAUGGUUCUUCACUCAUUCGAUCUUGACGUUGGCAAGACAAUUUCUGCUUUCUUGGAAGAUGGAGCCUCUAGCAUUCUUGGAGGAUGGACCACAUCAGAUGGAGUCAGUGUAACCGCAGCUAAAAAGAAGAAGAACAAGAGCAAGAAGACUGAAACAGCUGCCCCGGAAACGACGCAAAGUGCUCCAGCGCCUGCUAAAGCGGCUCCAGCUCCAACUGUAGCCGCCCCAGCCUCUUCUUCGGUAACUAAAUCAGCUGCUGCACCUAAACCAGUUGUCAGUGCACCAGCUCCAGCUGAUCCGUUGUCGACAGCUUUCAAGGCUAUCCGACUCGCAUUGAACGACCGCGAGAAGGAGUUGAAGCAGUCAAACGCUUCACAAUUUGAUACCUCUACAAUUCUCAAAGCAAUUGCUGCUCUUGGAGGAUCUUCAAAGCCGGUUGCCAACGGAAAGCCAGCAGCAGCUCCAACGAAGCAGGCGGUUUCUCCACCUCCAGCCGCUGGGCCAAUCAAGCACGCUACUAGUCAGUCAAGCAUCACUUCAUCCGUCGGAGCAGAUUCAGGUGUUAACCUCAGCCCAACACACAAAGAAGAUAAGAAAGCCGCAUCAAAGACAGUCACCAACACGGCUGGCUUCCAACUCACUUCAUCGGGACUCAGCGCCGAUCAGUUGGCUGAUCUUCAGAAGACACUCAUGCUCACAAUGGCAUCUCGUGGCGUCGACGCUUCCCUGAUCACCUCUUCGGAAAACGUUGCACGCAGACCGAAAAAUAACAACAACAACAAUAAGUCAGGCGAGGGCAAGAAAGGCAACAAGGGAGCCCAGAAGGAUCAGCCAAAGCUGUCCAUUUUGUAAACCCCUUCUUCAUUCCUUCAAAAAUCCCCCCUUCCACCUCAUACCAUUUCUUGAUCGAGCAGCUCACUGUGGUUCCUUGGUUCGAAGAUGGUACUCCGGCAAAGUGCAUCUUUAUUUUUACUGUGAUUUGAUUUGAUAAUUAUAGUAUUGAAAGUGAAUGACCCUAUUCAUUAUGCUUGUAAUUAUAAUCCAUUAUAACUUAUUCCGUUUCUUUCCUUUCCCCCCUUGGUUUCGCUUAAUUUUCCUGUUCUUCCCUUCAUCCCCAACAUUUUUCAUUUUUUUAUCCUGCACCCCCCUUAAAUUUAUACAUACACACACAUAUAUAUAUAUCACACAAGAGGCCUUAUUUGUUUUAUGCGGGAGACAUCAGAACUUUUUGUUUUUAUUUCCUUUCUACGUCUUUUCUCUUUUCUUCUUCUUUAGUAAUAAAACCACUAUGGGAGUGUAAAGGUGUUUUUUUUCUUCAUAAAUUAAAUAGUUUCUUUU